AUGGACGACAGAUGGGUGCACAACAAAACCAACACCGCCUACAUUUUGAGACGGAAUCUUUUCUCCACGAAUGAUGAGUGUACCGUCGUUCAUCUGUUCCAAACUGAGCACCCUGCCAUGGCAAGCUUGGCUUUCACCACAGGUCGUCGCCCAACCUAUAUGGAUCAUGGAGCAACCUUGAGACACAUUGCUAAGAAUGUGGUGGAUGUUAGCAGUGGUUUACUCUUAGUUAGACUUCCGAUUCGGAGAAGUUGGAUUGUUGGAUGUGCCCAACUCCUCAGCUUGGAAGACCCUGUCGGAGGACGUGACUCUGCUGCGCAUGGCAGUUCGACGCCCAGAAUCACCUCCAAGCCACUAUGA